CCGCAAUUAGGAGCAAACUGGUCAAUAAUUUACCAUCCGGUCCGAGCUGGAUGUCAGCAAAAGCUGUCAUGAAAAAAACAAACAAACUUAAUUAGUUUUUUAAAAAAAAAAUCGCAGCAAAUCAGUUCCUUGUCUCGACUGAAUUAAAAUCCCUAAUUCCCCAAAACAAAAAAGGGUUUGAGAUUCAACAAGGGACAAAAGGUCCCCUCUUGACCUAGUUUCGGUUUUACAUCACGUGUCUGAAAUGUCCUCCCUUAUUCAACGGAAAAAACCGUCGGAGAAACCUUCACCGCCUCCUGAGGAGCUUCCACCGCCGGACGACGAUUCACAGAGCAAAUCUUCGAAAAGCCAUAAGAAACCGAACGAAAAGGUGAAGUGGUCGUGUUUGGAUUCGUGCUGUUGGUUCAUCGGAUGCGUGUGCCUCACGUGGUGGUUCCUCCUCUUUCUAUACAACGCCAUGCCCGCGAGCUUCCCUCAGUAUGUAACGGAGGCGAUCACGGGUCCUUUACCCGACCCGCCGGGCGUGAAGCUGAAGAAAGAAGGUCUCAAGGCGAAGCAUCCUGUGGUUUUUAUUCCGGGGAUUGUUACCGGAGGACUUGAGCUUUGGGAAGGGAAACAGUGUGCUGAUGGUUUGUUUAGGAAACGCUUGUGGGGUGGGACUUUUGGUGAAGUUUACAAAAGGCCUCUAUGUUGGGUGGAACACAUGUCACUUGACAACGAAACUGGGUUGGAUCCUGCUGGUAUUAGGAUUAGAGCUGUAUCAGGACUCGUGGCGGCUGAUUACUUUGCUCCUGGAUACUUUGUCUGGGCAGUGCUGAUUGCUAACCUUGCACAUAUUGGAUAUGAGGAGAAAAACAUGUACAUGGCUGCGUAUGAUUGGAGGCUUUCGUUUCAAAACACUGAGGUGCGUGACCAGACGCUUAGCCGUAUGAAAAGUAAUAUAGAGUUGAUGGUUUCCACCAACGGUGGAAAAAAAGCAGUUAUAGUUCCCCAUUCCAUGGGGGUCUUAUAUUUUCUACAUUUCAUGAAAUGGGUUGAGGCACCAGCUCCUAUGGGUGGCGGUGGUGGGCCUGAUUGGUGUGCCAAGCAUAUAAAGGCGGUGAUGAACAUUGGUGGACCAUUUCUUGGUGUUCCAAAAGCUGUUGCAGGGCUUUUCUCUGCUGAAGCAAAGGAUGUUGCAGUUGCCAGAGCGAUUGCCCCAGGUUUCUUAGACACUGAUAUAUUUAGACUUCAGACGUUGCAGCACAUAAUGAGAAUGACACGCACAUGGGACUCAACAAUGUCUAUGAUACCUAAGGGAGGUGACACAAUAUGGGGUGGUCUUGAUUGGUCGCCGGAGAAAGGCCACACAUGUUCUGGGAAAAAGCAAAAGAACAACAAGACUCGCGGAGAAGCUGGUGAAAACAAGACAAAGCCUGUUAACUACGGAAGAAUUAUAUCAUUUGGGAAAGAAGUAGCCGAGGCUCCGCCAUCUGAGAUUGAAAAUAUUGACUUUCGAGGUGCGGUCAAAGGUCAGAGUAUCCCUAAUAACACAUGUCGUGAUGUGUGGACAGAGUAUCAUGAUAUGGGAAUUGGAGGGAUCAAAGCUAUUGCUGAGUAUAAAGUCUACACUGCCGACGCGGUUAUAGAUUUAUUAAAUUAUGUUGCUCCCAAGAUGAUGGCGCGUGGUGCUGCUCAUUUCUCCUAUGGAAUUGCUGAUGAUUUAGAUGACCCCAAGUACGAACAUCACAGACACUGGUCCAAUCCAUUGGAAACAAAGUUACCCAAUGCCCCUGAAAUGGAGAUCUACUCAUUGUAUGGAGUUGGGAUACCAACAGAACGAUCGUACAUCUACAAACUCAAUCAGUCUCCAGACAGCUGCAUCCCCUUUCAUAUCUUCACAUCCGCACACGAGGAGGACGAAGAAAGUUGUCUGAAAGCAGGAGUUUACAAUGUGGAUGGAGAUGAAACAGUACCAGUCCUAAGCGCAGGGUUCAUGUGUGCUAAAGCAUGGCGUGGCAAGACAAGAUUCAACCCUUCAGGAAUCAAGACUUACAUUAGAGAAUACAACCACUCUCCACCAGCUAACCUGCUCGAAGGGCGGGGGACCCAGAGUGGAGCUCAUGUUGAUAUCAUGGGAAACUUUGCGUUGAUCGAGGAUAUCAUGAGGGUUGCCACCGGAGGUAACGGGUCAGAUCUAGGACAUGACCAGGUCCACUCUGGUAUAUUCGACUGGUCUGAACGUAUUGACUUGAAGCUGUGA